GCCCUACGGUUUAUUUUUGGGAAACAAAAAGGAUUUAUCCCAGAAAAAAAAAAAAAAGGAAAACGCCAUUUGUAAGAGGAGGAAAUAAACCCGAAGUAGGAAAAAUGCAAGUAGUUGGCUAUCACAGGAAAUCCAGUUCCAAUGACGUCGUCGUUUCCACCCUUCCUCUCUACCGAUCUGCCCCUCCACUCGAAGUCCGUCUUGAAGAUUUCGAGCUUUUUGCCAUGGAUCGACUCCGAGUUCUAAAAGGCAUCUCCGAUGGAUUAUCCCGUGGAAAAAAACCUGAAGAAAUGGAAAAAUUGGUAAUGGAUCUCUGGAAAGCAAGUAUGAGACAUCCGCAGGCAACUGAGGAUGUAAACAAGGAUAACAUAUCACACUUUGUCCUUCGUCUUGUGUAUUGUAGAACCGAGGAGCUAAGGAAAUGGUUUUUGUCCAUGGAGACUGCACUCUUUCGCUACCGUUUUCAUGUUGAAAGCUCUCAGGCACAGAGGGCAUUGAUGUCUGAGUUUAACCUUCCAUACAAGGCAGUCAGCAAUGCAGAAUUUGAGAGUGUAGAGGAUAAAUUACGCCAAGUCGCUCGGUCUAUGGGUCAGACUUUACCUAUUGCUGAUGCGAUAUUCUACAAGGUGCCAUUUGAAGAAGUUCCAGAGCUUGUAGCUGGUCAUCGAGUGUUCAUACAUAAAGGGCAUGCGUAUGUUGCUAUGAAUCAGGUGGUUUCUCUUGUUGUGACUCAAUUUCGAAGUCAUCUAUCGAAGGCACUCAUUUUAACAAACAGAAAAUGGACAUUUACCAUCAGAGAGCAAGAGAAGGAUCGCCUGACUCCAAUUGUGGAAGCCCUAUGCACAAGCUAUCUGGGGCCUGACUAUUCUCAGCCAAAAGAUUUUGCAGAGAUAUCUAUUAAGGACAUUGAUCAAAUUGCGAAGACUUCAUUUCCUCUCUGUAUGCGACACCUAUUUGAAAAGGUUAGAGAGGAUCAUCAUUUAAAGCAUGGAGGAAGGAUGCAAUUAGGUCUUUUCUUGAAGGGUGUUGGGCUGAAGGUUGAUGAUGCACUAGCAUUUUGGAAAGCUGAGUUUGCACAAAAGGUUGGUGCAGAGAGGUUUGACAAAGAAUAUGCAUACAACAUACGCCAUAAUUAUGGAAGAGAAGGGAAGAGAACAGAUUAUACACCUUAUUCCUGUCAGAAAGUUAUCUUGUCAACGCCUGGUGUUGGAGACCAUCAUGGCUGCCCCUAUAGGCAUUUCAGUGAGGAGAAUCUAAGGGCCGCACUUGCAAGAAUGGGAGUUGGCAGCCGCAUAGUGGAGGAUGUAAUAGACAAAGCACGCAAUAGGCAUUAUCAGUUGGCGUGUACGUUAACGUUUGAAGCUGGUCAUGGCUCAUCAUGCGAUGCGGGUGUCAAUCAUCCCAACCAAUAUUUCAUUGAGAGCCAAAAGAUCCUGCAAUCAAAGAAUGGUUCUGUGGCAUAACAAAUGUGUUAACCAGGCAGACAAGGAUAUCCACUAUUUUACCUUCGACUUUUUUUGUUUUUUGUAAUAUUAUGUAAUUAUUCCCUUUCCCUAUCUAAUAACCGUUUUAAUUCUGUUUUCGUUCAACACAGUUGGUGUUCAGCUCAGUUUAUCAAAGUAAGAAAGGCGUUUGUUUGG